AUGCCUGGUGAUUCGACUGCCCAGUAUGCCCUCCCCGCCAUCGUCCCGCUUACGCCCAUAACACCGCUGGUGCCGCGCCGAUCAACGUCGUCCUCCACAUCUCACUCGACAGCCUCGUCUUCCGCGGGUAGUCGGUCCGCAUCUGGCUCAGGGUCCUCCGGCACGGCCACGCCCCUGACUACCGCACAGCCGACAAGGACAACGACGGCAUGCCCGACCCCCGCUGCCCCGCCACCCGUUCAGCUUCCGUCUGAGCCCGUCCCCUUGCUCCCCAACGCUCCCGCCGUAUAUAUCGACGACAGCCAUGAUGUCAAAUCACUCCCGCUCCCCCCGCCCGUCCUCCAGCCCCUGCGGAAACAGGACUUCCUUGUGUCGCUGGGCGUCAACCCCCCGAAGCGCCGGAGCAGGAGAGAGGAGGAGCCACAGCGAGCAUGGCUGGGCUUCAGCGUCUUGAUUCCGGGCGUGAUGAAUGCGCUGUUGAGUGUCGGGAUGACAACGACGUUCGCGCUGUACAUCCUCGGCCUUGGGGGGACGGAGACGCUGCGGGAUUCAGACAGCCUGAGAUUGUGGGGACUUUUCGGCAGCACCGCUAUCACGAAUAUCACAUGGCUGGUCAGCUUCCCAAUCCUCUUGUCGCUGUGUGCCUACUCCGUGGCAGCGUCAUGGCUAUCAGAACAGCACGGACGGCAUUCUCUACGACCCGCUCUUCUGACACCGCUGCAAUUCGCCAUUCUUUUCCGCGUCUUUUCCUCCCCCGGUCCGGCGUCCGUCUCCCAAGCGACAAUCUACCUCGCUCGUAGCCGCAAGCGUGUACAGGCACCCAGGUUCUUUGGGAGCGGCGUUGUUCUCGCUGGUUUGGUCCUCGUGUCAUCUUAUCUCAUCAGUCUCGCAAACAUGUGGCUCCAAGCUACGGCCCGUGUUGUGCUUCUGCCCGGCAGGCGACUGCACGCAUAUUACCCUCUCGCACCGACGCUUACCUUUAUAACACUGCUGUCACUCCACUCCUUCUUGGCGCUGGGCCUCACAGUCCACGUCGCCUGCCUACGCACGCGGCGCAUCGUUUUCGCAGACCGAAAGCAUGAGCUUUCCGAAGCUGUGGAGAGCCGCCCAUGCGUCAACACCGCACCAUCUGCUAAUCCUCCCCCUGGUCUUCCAACAGCAGCACGGGAUGGACCCACUGCCCUGACGCUUGCGCACGCCCAACUCACCUCCCCAUUCGCCCCGAUCGCCGCCCUCCUCGGCUCUCCUGCGAGGCUCGCUGGGAGCGGGUCGUCCCGCGCGGAAGGUCUGAUCCGCGCACUUUGGAUCGAGGACGCCAACACUGCGCGGGUCGAGGUGGGCAUCUGGCGACGCAACCGUCACGUGCAUGACCUCCCGCGCAAGAGUGGCUCGGUCAGUUCCAAGCGCAGCGACGGCAAGCGACGCUGGGGCGACGUGGAAGCGGAUGCGGAUGCAGACGGCGUGUUUGGUGUUUAUAAGAAGGUUGUGCCCUGGCGAGGCGAAAUAUAUUGA